GCCUCCUCUCCCCCCUCUGCCUGGGCCCACGGGGCUCCAGCCAAGAUCCUGGGUGCUCCGGGCACCACCCCGGGGAGCCCCGAUGGACACAAAAGCAGAGCAGGGCACAUCCUGACCCCAUGUGGCUGUCCCCAUGACUAUGGACGAGUGGAAACCCAACCCUGCCAUCAAACCCCACAAGAAGAGGAGUUGGUACCUUGCCUGGAAGUACAAACUGAUGAACCAGCGUGCCCUGAGGAAGCUGUGCCAGCUUGUGUUGCAGACAGGUGCUGUCCUCUUUCUGCUUGUGACUGUGAUUGUGAACAUCAAGCUGAUCUUGGACACCAGGAGAGCUGCUUAUGAGGAGGAAGAGGAGUCUGCACAGGACUAUGAUGAUGAGCUGCUGAAUGUGGAGGUUCCCAGGCACCCUGUCAGCAACAAGAAGGUCUUGGAUGUGGAGGUGUACUCCAGCAGGUCAAAGGUCUACGUGGCUGUGGAUGGGACAACAGUCCUGGAAGAUGAGGCUCGUGAGCAGGGAAGAGGGAUCCAUGUCAUUGUUUUAAAUCAGGCUACGGGUCACGUGAUGGCCAAGAGGGUGUUUGACACCUAUUCUCCCCAUGAAGAUGAAGCCAUGGUGCUUUUCCUCAAUAUGGUUGCCCGGGGCAGGAUCCUGAUCUUCACCAUUAAGGAUGAAGGUUCUUUUCACCUCAAGGACACGGCCAAGAAUGUCUUGAAAAGCCUGGGAAGCCAAGUUGCACCAUUUCUGAGCUGGAGAGACAUGUGGACAUUUGUAGGGAAGAAGGGAGGGGAAGUAUACGGGGAGAAGCAUGCCAAGUCACCUGCCCUCUCAACCUGGGGUGACCCUGUACUGCUGAAGACAGAGGUUCAUCUGACAUCUGUGGAAGAUGCUGAGUGCCAUUGGCCUGACACGGAGCUGAACCGCCGCCGGAAGAGGUUCUGCAGCAAAGUAGAAGGUUAUGGCAGUGUCUGCAGCUGCAAAGACCCCACACCCAUUGAGUUCAACCCUGAUCCCCUCAAAGACAAUAAAGUCUUUGAUGUGCCUGUAGCUGUCAUUGCAGGGAACCGCCCCAACUACCUGUACAGGAUGCUGCGCUCCUUGCUGUCGGCUCAGGGUGUCAACCCGCAGAUGAUCACGGUCUUCAUCGAUGGCUACUAUGAGGAGCCCAUGGAUGUUGUGGAGCUGUUUGGCCUCUCAGGAAUCCAGCAUACCCCCAUCAGCAUUAAAAAUGCCAGAGUUUCCCAGCACUACAAAGCCAGUCUGACUGCAACCUUCAACCUGUUCCCGGAUGCUAAAUUUGCUGUGGUUCUUGAGGAAGACCUUGACAUUUCUGUUGACUUCUUCAGCUUUCUGAGCCAGUCAAUACACCUUUUGGAGGAAGAUGAGAGCCUGUACUGCAUCUCUGCUUGGAAUGACCAGGGCUAUGAGCACACAGCUGAGGACCCCUCACUCCUGUACCGUGUGGAGACCAUGCCAGGCCUGGGCUGGGUGCUCCGGAAGAGCCUGUACAAGGAUGAGCUGGAGCCCAAGUGGCCAACCCCUGAGAAGCUCUGGGAUUGGGACAUGUGGAUGCGGAUGCCGGAGCAGCGGAAGGGCCGGGAAUGCAUCAUCCCUGACAUCUCACGCUCCUACCACUUCGGCAUCGUGGGGCUCAACAUGAAUGGAUACUUCCAUGAAGCCUAUUUCAAGAAGCACAAGUUCAACACAGUUCCAAAUGUCCAGCUUAAAAACGUGGAAAGCUUGAGGAAGGAUGCCUACGAGACUGAAAUUCACCGUCUCCUGGGUGAGGCUGAGGUCUUGGACCAUAGCAAGAACCCCUGUGAGGACUCCUUUGUGCCUGACACUGAGGGCAAGGUCUAUGUCAUGUUCAUCAGGAUGGAGCAGGAAGCAGAUUUCACCACCUGGACUCAGCUUGCCAAGUGCCUCCACAUCUGGGACCUGGAUGUCCGUGGGAACCACAAGGGGCUGUGGCGGCUCUUCCGCAAGAAGAACCAUUUCCUUGUGGUGGGGGUCCCUGCCUCCCCCUACUCGUCCAAGAAGCCCCCAUCAGUGACACCAAUCUACAUGGAGCCUCCCGCCAAGGAGAAGGGGGCAGUGGCAGUGCCAGCAGUUGCUGCAGCAGAGCAGACAUGAGACUGGCAGCUGGGAAACGAGGGGGACCAGGAGAAGAUGGAGAUCUCCAUGGUGCAGGAACAGAGGUGGCAGCAGCUCUCAGAGGCUGGUGACUGGACACAGACUCCCAUUUCAGGCUGCAAAAUGAGACCUGGAGUUCUCUCUCCAGCCCCUUGUUGUGGUCUCCCUCUCCCUUGCACAGGACAGGGUCCUUACCAUCCCAGGAACUUUUUUUUUUUUUCUUUUUUUUUUUCUUUUUUUAAACACAGACUCUUUACUAAUGCUGCUCCUGUUGUCCCCCUGGCUGGGCAAGGUUGGAAGAAGCAGAUGCUCAGUUGGGUGCUGAAGAGGGCCUCAAGAAACACCUCUGCUUCCCAUUUUGGUCCUCAAGUCCUGAGAAGGCAGCAUUUUGAUGUGCAAGUGCUGCAGCUUUUGAGCUGGGUGUUAUUUAUUAACUCUUGCCUGGCUGGUUCCAUCCCCAGUGGUAAAACACAGGGUGAAGAGGGAAUUAUCCAGCAACUCUUCUAUCUCCUGCACAAUGGAUGCACCAUGAAGACUGUAUGCUGGGUUGGACCCACCAGCUUUGCUUCUUAUGCUGCAGCCACUGAUGCAGCCCAGCUGACAGAAGGGAAUGCUGCAGAGAAGCUGAACUUGCUGUGGACACAUAGGGGACACCCCAUGCCCCAGCACGAGUGCAGUCAGAUGCCCCUUUCUUUUCCCUGCAGUUCCUGGAGUUGGAAAUGACUGUAGAUGGCAGUGGACCAGCCUGUGUGCAGCAGCUCAGGCUGUCCUCACCCACCUUCUCUGUGGGGAGCAGCCCGGCUCCUCAAGCUGUGGGAGAGGGUUGUAAGUGCCUUGCAGAGCAAGAUGGGAGCAGCCAGAGGGCAUCCUCCAAGCUGCAGGGACAGGAUGGACUUGGGGUCCUCUGGAGCCAGAGAUGCAGCACUCUGGUGUGGUCCUUGCCUGUGGUACUCUACCCUCCUUUCUGGCCAGGUACCCCCAGCUCUUCCUGAGGGCAGAGGGGCUUUGUUCUCCUCAGUAUUCCCCCUUAUCAUGGUACGUUGCUAGCAGGGAAGCUCUGAGCUGAGCUGGGAUGGGCAGCCUGGCUGUCCUGCUAUGGUGCAGAGGGAGGGGGACCCUAUCCCUCCUCCCGUGCCUUAGGAAGGACCCCAGGGCCCCCUCCUGCCCCCAGUCACCCGGUACUAAUGCUCCCCCCAGUUGGGGGCAGUCCUGGUUCCCUUGCUCAGUGCACCUUCCUGUCUCAUCCAUGCAGCAGGAGCUCUGUUCUCUACCCAGAUCCCCCAGCUUUGGGCAGAGAUGCUAAGCUCUGGCUUGCCUUUUAGAGGAGGAUUUGCUGCUCAGUCCUUUCCCUGUGGUCAUGGGGGCUCUUCCCCUUCAUUUUGUCACUGUGAACUGAGCGUUGGGGUCUACACUACACUAACUUAUUUAUUUAUUGCUUGUGGGAAGGGGAGGAUAGCAGGAAUGCAGCCUGGAGAGCUGACAGUCCCCAGCCUGCAUGGGAGCAGUCACUGGAGGUUUGUAUCUUGUCCCUCUGGCUCCAUCCUUUGUUCCCCUUCUUCCUCCCUUGUCCAGUGUAGGAAAUCUGCUCCCCUUUGGCCAAAAUGGGCCCUGUGGGGACGCAGCACAACUCGAGUGUGACCGCAGGGACUCCACUCGUGGUCCCUUGCAUGCCUGUCCCAGCAGGAGGGAUGGGACAGAUGCAGGAGGGAGAUCAGAGGGUACAGGGUCACACUCUUGAAAUAUUGGUACUGGGCUUGGUUUCAGCCUUGCCCCUCUCUGCCAUCCCCAGCACUGCCUUUGCUGGCACUCUAGCAGUGGGCAGCUGGGCUUUGCAGGAGGUGAAGCAGGUCCUGACAGCACGAUGGGAAAGGGAAUUGGUUUCUUCCUGGGGAAAGCAGCUUGUUCCCCUUAGCUUGCUUUGGGAAAACUUCCAUGGCUCUCCACAGAUUCCCUUUCCUUAGCAUCUGUGUCCCCAAGGCCUGUUUUCCCUUCUCCCUGAAACUAAAUGCACCCCCUUUCCCUUCUUCUCUGGUGGGGUUCAGGCUUGGCUUCCUGCCCACUCCUCCUGGGGCUGAGAAGGGUGUUCCUACUGACAGGGAAUGGUUAAACACGAGUUCCCCAUUUUGCUGACUGCCCAUCAGUGACCAGAGGGCUUUGGCUCUCACCAACCGUGGGGCUCAACUGGUGGGCUUCAAGCUCCCCCCUCUCUGCACCCCCCAUGGGCAUGGCCUGCUGGGUGCUGUUCUGUGCAGCAGCCAUGGUCAGGCUGGGUGCCUGGGCAUCUCCAGGGCUUGCUGCUUUCACAAUUGAAUUAUUUUUUCAAGAUUAAACAUUGCAAAGCUGUUGA